GUAGGCGUGCCAGCUGCCCAGCUGUAAACAUUUCAGCACAAGAAGAAGAAGAAGAAGAAGAAGUGGAAAGAGGGCGAGUCGAGAAGGAGACAGAUGCAUCUCCCUUUUACCCUGACUCUGCUGCCUGCGCUCCAUUAGCUGUCUCUCGGCUCUUUCAGAUUGCAUUCUGCAGAGGAAGGAGGGAAGAAAGAAGCAGAGGGGUCUCUCUCCGAAUCCACAGUUUUUGGGGCGUUCCUCCCACUCCCGGCCCACUCCAUUGCAAUUGCACUGCCCUGCACCUCAGCGCCUUCAGAGCUCUCCUUGCAGAGCAGAAGGCAUGCAGCAGUGGAGGAGGGGGCGCCUCUCACAAAGGGACUCUCUGACCCUCGGCUGAUUAACUGGGAAUCAGGUUCUCUCUGCGGCAGGAAGGCGGAGGAGCGGAAGGUGGAGGAGGAGCAGCAGCAGCAGCCGGAGCAGAGGCAGCGGAGGCAACUCCGCAGGCCGCUCCUGGGAGGCCACUCUGGGGCUGCCGCAGCGCCGAGCGGGAGAGGGAGAGGCAGAGGGAGGCCGAGAAGGGCAGGGGGGGCCAUGGCUACCGGCGACAUCACCACCCUGCCGCCAAACCCGGACGACGGAGGCAGCGGAGGCUUCCCGCCAGGGAACUUCAAAGAUCCCAAGAGGCUCUACUGCAAGAACGGGGGCUACUUUUUGCGGAUCAACUCCGACGGCAGAGUGGAUGGAAUCCGAGAGAAGAGCGACCCCCACAUCAAACUUCAGCUGCAGGCCACCACCGUGGGGGAGGUGGUGAUUAAAGGCAUUUGUGCGAACCGCUACCUGGGUAUGAGUGGAGACGGAAGGCUCUUUGGAGCGAGACGACCGACAGACGAGUGCUACUUCUUAGAACGCCUGGAGUCCAACAACUACAACACCUACAGGUCCAGGAAGUACCCGGACUGGUACGUGGCACUGAAACGGAAUGGCCAGUUCAAGCUCGGCUCCAAAACCGGACUCGGGCAGAAGGCCAUUCUCUUCCUGCCAAUGUCAACCAAAAAAUGAUCUGUACCCCGGACCUAGGAGCUGCUCCUUAAUGUCUCAAAAGGGAUCUUGUGUGUGUGUUUUUUUUUUUGAGAGAUGUGAAAAAGACUUGAAGAUACGGUCUGUGCGACCAGCAGCGUAAUGACUGAUCCUGCAGCUGAAGUUCCUAACCAAUGGGAAUGUCACUACAAUAACAAAAUGUGAGUCUAACUAUGGCUGCUUGAUUACUAUAGAAUGGUGUAUUUUGAUAUAGUCUGAAUGGUUCACCGUUAUUCUCUUAAUAUGAAUGCUUGUAACAAUAUUAGGUUGUAAAGAAUGAGUGACAGAAAGAGAGAACUACUUACACUACACAGAUAGUUUAAAAUUCAUGUUGGUAUUUCAUAGGGGUCCAACUUUAUUUAACACUGGUUAAAUACAGACCUAAUUUACAAUACAGACCUAACUUCAGCAUAGCAAAUUGUUGUUUGCUAUUCAGCAUUGACACUUUUUGGCAUUUUAAUAACAUCAUAAAUACCCCCCCCCCCCCCCCCAGUAUUGCUGGGAUGAUCCAGCUCAUAUUAACCUGAUGAUCAUCCUCAUAUUAACCUUUGAUUCAUGUGCAGAAUUACCACAAGUGAGAGGGCAUGUGGUUCAGUAUGAGAGUAAUAUCCUGUCCAGUGAUUAUCACCCCAGUAACACCUCAUCCCUUAUUGAAGUAACAGUUCAUAACCAUCUGUGCCUACACCGCGGCCUGGUGUGAAAAUCCGCCCACCGGUCAGCCCUUCAAGUACAGCUGAUGUGCGGUGUGGUUUGGUUUGGUUGUGCCCGGUGGGUAUACGGCCACAUCAGGCUUGCUUGGUGAGCUCUGGUAGCUGCCUGUGGUAAAGCUGGUAGAACAUUCCAGAAUACACGGCAGGCAGUUCCUCCACGGCGAGGUCGAUGUGGUGGAAGCCAUGCUGGAGUCCGUGGAGGAGGAGCCGGGCGAUGCGGCUGGUGAUGGGGGUGGUGGCGGAGGUCUUGGCCAGUUCGGCCAGGUCCAGCCACUCGCAGCGCAGGCACUCCUGGGUGCAGAAGUUGAUGUCGUAGGUCAGGGGGCUCAGGCGGCAGAUGAGGUACAUGUCGGACAUGCCAAAGGCACCCGGAUGGCUGUGCUGUUGCCGGAUGCUCAGGAGGGAGCGGAAUUCGGCUUGCACCCCGGUCUCCUCGAAAACCUCGCGGACGGCCGUUACACCUUACGAAACAGGCAAAUAAGAAUGGAGUAAUUAAUCGAUUGACUGAAAUUCUUUAUUGACAGAAGUGUACAAAUGACAUUUUUCGUAUAAAUAAAUAAAUAAAUCCCUAUUUGAUGACUACAGUUAAAGUUAGCAUCAGACAACCAUUCUGAAAGUCAAAACGAUGAGACACCCCCUUUUUCAUUACUCUCAGUGAGUGGAUCCCAAUGCCAGGCCACUAGCCAUUCACCCCUAUUGCCUUGAUUAAGACAAGAUUGAUGGGCAAGACUGAUUGCCCUGAUUUGCUGGAUCUAGGGAGGCCAUUUUGUGAUAUUCAUCAUCAUUUUAAUGGUUGAGUUUUGUCUUAUUGCAUAGAUAGGUGCAGUGAUGAGAUUGUCAUCAGAUCUUACAAAACUGUUCUGAAUUUGCAUCGCUGACUCCACCUCUCCACUAGUUACUCCCCAAUUAGAAAAGAUGCUGUUGUGUUUUCACUACUAUGUGGAUAUGAAAAUGCACAGUUUGGUUACACAGGAGGUGGUUAAACAUCAAUUCAUUCAUCAAUUAUUUUCUUCUGUAUUUAGAAAUGGUUUUAGUUGAAUGUUUUCUGUGGCUACAAAGUUACUGUAAGUUGGUGAGUUAUUUUUUUAAUACAAGAGAAGUUUCAUGGCUUUGCUUAUCAUUAUAAUGAAAUGCUUCUUAGGCAUAUUUCAAUAGUUAUAUCUUAAAGCUGCUUUGGAAUGAUUGUAAAUAUUAACAGAAAGAGACUGUCACUCAUUAUUACUAGUUUUAACAUUUUAACAUUUCAAUACUUGAAUGUAUAUUUUAAGAGUAUUGUUUGCUAAAAAAUUGUUUGCUAGCAUUAAAUGCAAUUUUGCAUAGGAUAACAACAUGAUCUUUUCAUUUGAAGUGAUUAUGCCAAAAAAUCGUUUUUUAUGCCAAAUCAACUGAAUAUAGGGUUUUAAACCAUAAACCAAAAAUAUAUGGGCUUAAAGCCAGAAGAGAAUGACUGGUGAUAGGUGGAUUCUAAAAAUCUGAAAAACAGAAUUUGACAAGCUAACAAUACCUUGGAACAACAAGGAACAAUUAGAGCUUUUCCAUAUCCCACUAAAGAGGAAGCCAUUGGCUUAGCACAUUGCUAACAUCUGACCAAACCGCUGAGCAAUUUAGCAUUCCCCACAAGCAAUUCCACGGUAAGUCCACAUUUCAGCAAUGUAUAGAGUGAAUAGAGAGCAGCUACCAGAAGUUUGGGUUCUUGACAAGAUGAACACAGUACUGUUCUGUUAGAAUACAAUUUUUUUUAACAUUUUGCCAUGUGUGACUGCUGAGGAAAUGAUCUCCAGUAUGUGGAAGAAAGGUACUUACCAAUGUUUUCCCCUGGAUCGGAAAGGCCCCCAGGAAACUUCCAGGCGUUUUUUGUCUGAAAAGCAUAACAUCUGAACGUCAAAGACAUACUUCAUAGUCCAUCCCAACAAUGCCACAUAUCUCUGAAACAAUGUUUUGUAUCAUGUUAUCUAUAGCUUGCCUACUUCCUAUAGAGAAGAGCUAACACUUAAUUGUAUUAGAUUUCCUUGUGAAUAUGCUGUAAAGCCAAUUAAAUGAACUUAAGAAUCUACUGAGUUCCACAUCAUGAUUAAUCUUUCUUUACUGUUAUUUAUAAACAGACAAAAUGCUGCUAGUUCUAAAUUAUAACAUAGAUUUUUACUUGUAUAGUUUUGGAAUUGACAACAGUAUUUGAAAGCUACACUUUAAGUUUUCUCCUUUGGAAGAUUUAAAAAAUAUAUUUAAUAAGCUUUAUUUUAUGAAAUGUAAUGCCAUUUAUGCAAUUUUCAGAACUACAAAGAAUCUAACCUUGUAACAUGUUUAAACCUUGUCAACAUUAAAAUAAUGCUAUUUUUCUGAACAUAUUUUAUGUGUACAAUAAAGACUGACAUCUA